GGGAAUGCUGCGAGUGGCGCUUCCGUCCGAGAAGGCCUCCGGAUCCGAGGCAAAAGUAGGUUAACGACGCUAGCCGAGUAAAAAAAGCGAAAGUUGCGUUCACAGACCGCGAGCUUCGAUGGCAGCUGGCCGCCAUUUCUGCUGAAUCCCACCAUGUCCGGUCCCACCUGGUUGCCACCGAGGACUCUGGACAGUCCCGAACGAGCCGCCCCCCAGAUGUCCCACUCGCCGGGCUCGGCCGUCUACCGGGCGCCCAACAAGAAGGGGGCGCCGGACUUCCGGCCAAAAUAUAGCCCUUUGGAGCAGAACGGAGGAGGGAUAGCUACUCGUUACGUGGCAACUGGACCCUCAGGUGGUCCCGCUCACUAUUACUCCCCUCCGCACGUGCCCAACGAAGAUCACAACUGGAGCGCUCACGAGCUGACUCACCGAGGAUCCGACAAGACCGCGGGACGUCACUCUGACAUCGACGCGGACAUCGAUUCGCUCAGCGCUAUGCUGGCCGACCUCGACGGCCACCCGCAGGACUCCAGCACGCAACUCUACGACAACGUGCCUUACAACAAAUUCCUCUCGGGGGAUCACUACAACGCAGUCCGGCCCUCCUCGGGGUACCCCCCUCAUCCCCAGAAUCAGUACCGCGCACAGUCUUCUUACCCCGGAGAGCGAGGCGUGACUCCGUACUCGGCACCCCACCAGCGCGGCGACUACUACUCGUCAGCCCCCGCCAAACCGUACCCGCAGCCCGUACCGGCGUCCUACACCACGGCGUCCACCCCAACCGGGCCCAGGUUUAGCGUGCAGGUCAAGACCGCCCAGCCCGUCACCUACUCGCAGACUGGGCGGCAGGCCGAGCAGGCUUACGCUCCGCAGCCGCCGCGCCAGCACCACCCGCCACUUCAGGCCAGCCCGCAGGACUGGUACCCCGGGCACCCUGGCUCCCAACCUCAGGAGAUCCAGAGAGGAAGAGGAGGCCAGGUGCCUUUGUCUAAAAGAGGAAUGGAAAAUAAUCACAUGGGAGCAGCACUGAGUCCUGCUUACCAGUCAGGCAAGCACGUGCCAGCACCUAGCCGUCCGGAAGAAGAACUGGAUCGCCUCACCAAGAAGCUCGUCUACGAUAUGAACCACCCGCCCGCCGAGGAUUAUUUUGGACGAUGCGCUCGCUGCGGCGACAACGUGGUGGGCGACGGCAGCGGCUGUGUGGCCAUGGAGCAGGUGUUCCACGUGGAGUGCUUCACAUGUAUCACGUGUCACGCCCGCCUGCGAGGGCAGCCCUUCUACGCCCUGGACAAGAAGAGUUACUGCGAGACUUGUUACAUUAGUACGUUAGAGCAAUGUUCCAAGUGCUCCAAGCCCAUUUUAGACCGCAUCCUUCGGGCGAUGGGGAAAGCCUACCACCCUCGCUGUUUUACAUGCGUGGUAUGCAACUGCUGCUUGGACGGCGUGCCCUUCACCGUGGACGCCACUUCACAGAUACAUUGCAUCGAAGACUUUCACAGGAAGUACGCACCUCGCUGUUCCGUUUGCGGCGAGCCCAUCAUGCCCGAGGCGGGUCAGGAGGAGACGGUCCGGAUCGUUGCGCUGGACCGCAGCUUCCACGUCAACUGUUACGUGUGUGAGGAAUGCGGACUCCUGUUGUCCUCCGAGGGCGAAGGUCGCGGAUGCUACCCGUUGGACGGGCACAUCCUUUGCAAGGGCUGUAGUGCCCGGCGGAUCCAGGACCUCUCGGCCAAAAUCUCCACGGACUGCUGACUGGACACAUUGAAACAUAUCACUUUCAGCUUUAAAAGUCAUGUUCGUGUGCUGUGUUAGUGCCGAUUUACAGCAAAGUAGCCAGUUUUGGUACAUAUUUACCUUACACACAGGUACUCAUUUCAAACUGAAGGAUGACUGGGGGAAGACUGUGACUCCUACAUUUGAACAGGCCGUGUUGUAGCCUGGUAGAACUGUAAAAGGAAUGUAGUAUUUAACAUUGAAUUGGUUUGAGAAGUUUCAGUAGUAAUGAAUGUGAACAUAAAACUUUUGGACUGUUACUCUGAACGGUGCAAUGAAGUACACGGAGAAAAAUGAUUCAUCGAGAUGUUCUUGCGUCUACCUUUGCACUUCUUAUGUUACGUACAUGCACCGUCCAUCCGUUAUCGUGUACCGCCUCCCCUCACGAAAGGGGCGGGGCCUCAAGUAUCUUCCGAAAUAUUUGUCGAGCCGCCGUCCCCUCAUUACGUGUUCUAAAGGGCUAGAAGCGUACCGUAUUUUCUGGAUUAUGUCAUACCGGAGUAUUACUUGCACCAGCCAAACUAUUAAAAAAGGUGCGACUUAUAGUCCAGAAAAUACGGUGAGUUCGGAUUGUUGAUCCCAAAAUCUUUGUUUGCGUCUUUAUGUCGAAAUGUUUUGUCCAGUUGCACAAUCAGCCAUGUAGCCUGUUUUUUUUUUUGGUGUUUAUUUUGUUUUGAAAUGCUGUGAAGUUGGAGCUCAUGGUACCACGGCACGUCCCUUUUUUGGUGACCGAUUAAAACAUUUUUUU